GAGAUAUCUACCACCAUGACAGCCCCAUUUUCAACUCCAUUUGUUGUAGCUUCCAUAGUCCUGGCUGUUACAAUAUUCGUCGUCGUCAUCAUCCAUGUCGUCAUCCUCAUCUUUCGUGUAAGACAAAAACGUCUCAUAAAAAGACUUAGAUCUGAGAAAGAAAACCGAGUCACCCAAGCUGAUCCCUACAUGGAGCUGCAGCUAACGGAGGACGAGAAUCAUGUCUACAUGGAACCAACUACGACUGAAGAGACAAUUCCCGCACAACAUACCUACUACCAACCAGUUGAAGUAGAGAAUGAAAGCCCAGAGUAUGACUACGCUCGGCCAGAUUAUCUCAAAGAGCAAAGUUCAUCAGGAGCAACUGACACUCAACUAGAUAAUGAAAGCCAAGAGGAUGACUACCUUCAACCACGGCCACAUGAUCUCAAGGAGCAAAGAAUAAAUCACCAAGUCAGUGUGCACGUUGACGCAACCCCAAGUUCAUCAGGAGAAACUGACACUCAAGUAGAUAAUGAAAGCCAAGAGGAUGACUACCUUCAACCACGGCCACAUGAUCUCAAGGAGCAAAGAAUAAAUCACCAAGUCAGUGUGCACGUUGACGCAACCCCAAGUUCAUCAGGAGAAACUGACACUCAAGUAGAUAAUGAAAGCCAAGAGGAUGACUACCUUCAACCACGGCCACAUGAUCUCAAGGAGCAAAGAAUAAAUCACCAAGUCAGUGUGCACGUUGACGCAACCCCAUGUUCAUCAGGAGAAACUGACACUCAAGUAGAUAAUGAAAGCCAAGAGGAUGACUACCUUCAACCACGGCCACAUGAUCUCAAGGAGCAAAGAAUAAAUCACCAAGUCAGUGUGCACGUUGACGCAACCCCAAGUUCAUCAGGAGAAACUGACACUCAAGUAGAUAAUGAAAGCCAAGAGGAUGACUACCUUCAACCACGGCCACAUGAUCUCAAGGAGCAAAGAAUAAAUCACCAAGUCAGUGUGCACGUUGACGCAACCCCAAGUUCAUCAGGAGAAACUAACACUCGACUUACCUACUUACAACAGCUGAAGUAGAGAAUGGCAGCCUAGAGUAUGAGUACGCUCGUCCAUAUAGGAUAGUACCAAAAGGUCAGAGAGCAACAGAGAGUUCAGCUGAGAAGCAGUAUAUUGGAACAUUGUUAGACAUUCACGAAUUCACUUAAUAAUACAAUCACAACGGUAAAGUAGAUGCAACAUUCUAGACGACAAUCACUCAUAUCAAUCUACUGCGGAUAAAAGGCAACACCCUGUGAACAAACAUCUCACCCUUGUACGCUUCGAAAUGUAAAACAUCAUCCACAAUUUGGAGAGAGGUCAUUUCCAUUGCUCUCAAUAGAUUUCAAGAGACAUGCAAAGUCAACCAAUCGAGAAAACUUCUAUAAAUAACUGUGAACGAGUGACGGUGUAAGGCAAGAACGCCGCGGUCCAAGCAAUGACAGUUUCUAGCUUUGGUUGGAUCUGCAAUUGAUAGCAAUCUUUUCAUACAAAUACAUUUUAAAAUUAAUACGAUAUUCCCACCGGAGCAUUUAAAUCUCGCACUGGCCAAGUGUUGGAUGACUCAAGUUUAACCUAAGUAACGAAAUUGUAUAUUAUUGUAAACAUUUCUGUUUAGACUUCAGGCAAAAAGAAGCUCGUGUCAUUCCAUGCGAAUUCAAUCAACACUUUCAAGUGACACAACAAUGACAUCUCAAAAAAUAGUAUUUUUGUCCAGGCUGUCUCUAGCCUCUAGUUGGUAAGACACUGUUCUAGAAUUGCAAGGGUCUUGGGUUCGAAUCCCACCCGAGUAGCAUGCCUGUGAUAUUUUUUUCACAGGACUCAGUGUAAGGGAGCAGGAAAAUCGAUCGACGCAUGCGCCAAACUGACGUAGACUCCGUCGUGUAGAGAUUGGGAACGCUAUUUUGGUGAAACAACGUCCGGUCUGUACGACAACGGAGUGAUGUUGUUUGUACAUGUUGUAUGGUGGGGGAGCCUUGUGAUAGACUCGA